CCGUUCACGCUUUCUCUUGCUUCAGCACCCUGUUGACAUGUAGAUGGGGGGACGCGACCGAAAGGACACAUAUUGUUCAGCGAAGUGCAAUUCAGUUUUAGGAGUCGCGUUUGUCUUUUUUAUUUAUUUAUUUCGCGCGGGACGUGAGGAUCACAAACAACAGGAGCAACUCGUCUCAUUCAGAGCGCGUGUCUCGUCCUGCUUUAUCCGAAAUACGCGCCGCUGAUGUUUUAUUUCAUUUAACGUGACAAUGCUACUUUUAUUCAGGUGGACAGAAGUUGAAUCCAUGUGCUCGCUGCGUGAUUUUACAUGCUGCUAAUUGUGGGGAUUUCGCUUGUGUUCCCUUUAGUCGCAUGCGCAGGCUGAGCAGGCGCAGUUUCCCCCAGCGUGAAAAUACUUCUGCAGCCGAAACAGGCGUUGUUAUGCGCACACUUUCCGGCUGCGUUUGCGGCGUCCCGAUCGGCAUUAACAGUCUUAAUGAAGUUGGCAUUGCGGCUCCGCGCACUGGCUGCUCCCGUACGUGUAGCGCACAAGUGGGAAGCAGUUUCACUUUUGUCCACAAAGCGGUACUAUUCGUUGACAAUGACGUGCGUGUGGCUCGGUACCCCCACUCCAGCUCUGAAGGAUCUGGGGAUUUUAAAAAAAGUUUCUUUGAAGUUGAGAGUGUGUUGUGUCUUUAUUUAGAAUGCCUUGCUUUAACACGACCGGCAAUAUAUAGAUACUAGACCUAGCUUUGGGAGGAUAUAUUUAAUAAUCACAAAAGGGGCAUCCUGUUCUCCCUGUCGUAAUAGCUUGGGAAUUCUCUGCGACUUAACUUUCGCUGGAGGUCACGCCAAUUGACCUGAAAAGAAUGCAUAAGCCAUAAAUUAAAAUAAACCCCUCAUCUUGAAGUCCGAUCCAUUUAGAGACAAUACACAACCUGGACAAACCAGGCUUCGUUUACAAGCGGACAAAACGGCGCACGGUGCUGGGACGAAGGAGCUCCACAAGUCAUUUUCAUGAAUUCAACGUCAGCGGACCAGUGAUCACUGGGUGCAGGGGCUGAAAUCUUUCCGUUUCUAGUAAUGUCUUCCAAGCAAGCCACCUCUCCGUUCGCCCCCGCCACUGACGGAGAGGACGCCAUGAGCCAAGAGCGCCUGCUCUGGGACAAGGAUGAAAACUCAGAGCUCCAUGGCAUCCCCCAGAUGCCCCCGCACGGCCUGCUGCAUGGGAAGGCUCACCCCGAGGAGCUUCCCAUCAUCAACAGCAUCGCGCCUGAGUCCGACUGGGACAACAUGAUAACGGCACAGCAGCGGAUGGAAUCUGACAGCAAUAAAGUGUGCGCCCUCUACUCGUUCCGGAAUAACUCUACCUCACCACAGAAGCCUGAGGAAGGGGCCCGGGAGCGUGGGGAGCAGCUAGGGGGCUCUGCUUUCGGCACACCCGAACGCCGCAAGGGAAGCCUGGCCGACGUGGUAGAUACGCUUAAGCAGAAGAAGCUGGAGGAGAUGACGAAGACCGAGCAGGACGAAUCUUCUUGCAUGGAGAAGCUCCUGUCUAAGGACUGGAAGGAGAAAAUGGAAAGGCUGAACACAAGUGAUCUGCUGGGGGAGAUUAAAGGCACCCCGGAGAGCCUGGCGGAGAAGGAGCAGCAGCUCUCCACCAUGAUCACCCAGCUGAUCGGCCUGCGGGAGCAGCUCCUGGCCGCCCACGACGAGCAGAAGAAGCUGGCCGCCUCGCAGAUGGAGAAGCAGCGGCAGCAGAUGGAGCUGGCCAGGCAGCAGCAGGAGCAGAUUGCAAGACAGCAGCAGCAGCUUCUACAACAACAGCACAAAAUCAACCUCCUGCAGCAGCAGAUCCAGGUCCAGGGUCACAUGCCUCCGCUCAUGAUCCCCAUCUUCCCGCAUGACCAGCGCACCCUGGCAGCGGCAGCCGCGGCCCAGCAGGGGUUCCUGUUCCCGCCCGGGAUCACGUACAAGCCAGGUAAGCUGGCCCUCUGUGCUGCGUUGCCGGCCGCUGGAUGCUAAAUUGGUGUUGCUUUUCCUUCCCUCUUGCAGCAGCUGUAUGCCGCCCAGCUGGCCAACAUGCAGGUCUCCCCCGGAGCCAAGAUGCCCUCUCUCCCACAGCCGCCCAACUCGUCGGGGCCCAUCUCGCCCACUGGCUUCAAGGGCGAGAAGAGGCCAUCCAGUCCCGUGACUCAAGUCAAGGAUGAGGGAACACAGCCCCUCAACCUUUCCGCCCGACCCAAGACCACCGAGUCAGUGAAGACCCCAACCUCCCCCACACACAGCCUGUUCCCAGGCAGUAAGAGCAGCCCCAACAGCCUUCCAGCCAAGGGCAUCCCCAGCCCCAUCUCCAGCCUCGCCCGGGGAUCCUCCCUGGACAUCCUGUCCAGCCUGAACUCCACGGCCCUCUUCGGGGAUCAGGACACGGUGAUGAAGGCCAUCCAGGAGGCCCGAAAGAUGCGGGAGCAGAUACAGAGGGAGCAGCUACAGCACCACCCGCAGGGCAUGGACGGCAAGCUCGCCAGCCUGGGCAUGGGCCUCAACAACUGCAGGGGUGACAAGGAGAGAGCGCAUUUCGAGAGCCUUGGUCAUCAUCUAGGGAAGCUGGCUGAAGAUGGCAAGAUGGGUCACAGAGUCAUCGAUCUCACCAGGCCCGAGGACAUCGAUGGUAAAAAAGGAGUCAACGGCUCAGCAGAUAAACCACAGCAAUAUUAUUGUUGGCCAACAGGAGGCGCCAGCACAACUGAGGCACGUGUCUACAGGGAAUCUCGGGGAAGGAACAGCAAUGAGCCCCACAUCAAGCGACCCAUGAACGCCUUCAUGGUCUGGGCGAAGGACGAGAGGAGGAAGAUCCUGCAGGCCUUUCCGGACAUGCACAACUCCAACAUCAGCAAAAUCCUCGGUUCCCGCUGGAAGUCCAUGAGCAACCAGGAGAAGCAGCCGUACUACGAGGAGCAGGCCCGGCUCAGCAAGAUCCACCUGGAGAAGUAUCCCAACUACAAGUACAAACCGCGGCCCAAGCGCACCUGCAUCAUCGACGGCAAGAAGCUGCGCAUCGGCGAGUACAAGCAGAUGAUGCGCUCGCGGAGGCAGGAGAUGAGGCAGUUCUUCACUGUGGGGCAACAGCCCCAGAUCCCCAUCAGCACCAGCGCCGGUGUGGUGUACCCUGGCACCAUAACCAUGGCCACCACCACGCCCUCCCCACAGAUGACGUCGGACUGCUCCAGCGCCUCGGCCAGCCCCGAGCCGGCCAUCCCCGUCAUCCAGAGCACCUACGGCAUGAAGGUAGAGCCCAGCACCAUGCUGCCCGGCGAGGCCAUCAACGGCGACGAUGACAUGGACAUGUACGAGGACUUCGAGGACGAACCCAAAUCGGACUACAGCAGUGACAAUGAGACACAGGAGCCGGUCAGCGCUAACUGAGCCCAGCCCGGCGGGCAUCUGACAGACUGGUACCAGAAAGAUCCCGAGAGGCAGGGGGAAAAAAAAAAAAACAAAGGAGAAAUAGCUAGAAUGAAAGAAAAGAAACUCAUUUCUUAACGUAUAUCUCUUGGAGCCUGCAUGCAGAUGUGGCUUCCAUGGAUUCAACAGCUAUUUGUCUUCAAUGUUUUAAAAUGUGUGAAGUAGUUUGAUUGUUUUCAUUUUACUUUUGUUUCACAGUUUUUAUUUUGGUCACGGACGUUUUACACAGCUAGGUCAUUGCCUACGAGACUUCGGAUGUCAGGACUUGAAAUUUAACAUUUAAUACGAAUGCAUAGCUCUCACAGUCUUAAUUUGCUCUUACAAAUACAUACCCGUAUAUAUAUUUUUUUUCCUUUUGAAUGCUUUUAAUAGCUUACAUUACUGUUUGUGAUGGGGGGUAUAUAUUCUCACUCAGGUAUGCUGUGCCAGCCAACAGCUCGUGAAUGUGUUUUUAAUCUGAAAAUGAGAAAUGGAAAUAGGUGCGAUACAAUUUCUAGCGGAGACGAGACGUAGAGCAGGUCCACAGGUGUUCUGAGGAGCACAGAGAGAAAGGCUCCCUGACCUUUAUCAUUCUUCAUCGCUUGUUUCUUUUAGUAUAGUUUUGACUCUAGAUGUGCCAAACCUCUUCUCGACCCUUCUUCACGCGCGCAUCUUAAAUCCACGAGUCUUAAGGGAGACCCCCGACUGAGUCACCGACAAUCCUUCUGCAUUGUAAUUGGUAACCCCCCCACCCCCCACCCCUGAACCGCCAUUCAGGGCUGGGCCUGUAGCCACGGUGGUUCCAAAGGGGUCCGGUAUACAGUAGUGAUCGCCGACCCCCACUGGCAGUCGUGGCUUCAGAGACCAGCUUACCCAGUCAGUCCUUAAUCAGAGUGAUUGUAAUCAGGCCAAAAUGCCGAAGGGGCCAGAGGCCUGCACUCUGUGGGAUUGAAAAGGCAGUAAGAUGCAGCUUUGCUCGUGUUACAGUCGCAAAUUGCUCUUGUACAUUAUGUACAGUACAUUCUGUUAAACACUUCAGCCCCUAGAGGAACAUGAAGUUUAAACUCCUUGAUCUUAAAGUCUUUUUCUGACACUUAAGUCUUUUUUUCCUGCAUUGUAAAUCUUAAUCAACACACAGAGUCUUAAGUCUGAAGCCCACAAGUGGGUCCACACUUUCCCCAUCAUCACCCGAGUCUUACCCGUCUGCAGAAGGGACAGCUCCGCCCCCAUGCCGGGCUGGCGAGCCACCCCGCAGACACGUACUAAGGGCGCUAUAUCCCGUUGCAUUCUGCGUGCGGAUCAUUUCUCUCCAGACACCUGAAGAAUACCUUGAUCCAAUUGGAUCGAUUGGUUGCCUAGUUACGGUAAUCGAUUGCAGUUAAUUGUUUCUAAGGAUGUUAAGGACAGAUUGGUAAAAUCCGCACCUCUGGCUCAAAGUCUUAGAGGAGUAGGUGACCCCAUGACCCACCCUGAGGUCAGGAGGAUCUUCAUGCGCUUGAGCAGCUCACAGGUGGUUGCCCCGAAAAAGGACAGCCGUGGGACAGCCAGCUGUCAACAGAGCCAAGUUGGCUCCCAUCCCAUCAAACCCCCCCUCCCCCCAUACCCUGCCCUGCCCAGCCUGUAUUUCAGUGAGGUCGAUACCCCACCCGGCCGGCCCAUCCGCACGGCGGCUCCUGCUCCUGGUGACCCCCCCCCAUCCCCCCCCGCCCCUCAUCCCACCCUGCCCCAAAGGGAGGCAUUUGGCUCUGAGUGGCGUGGAGUGUCAGCGAGAGGGAGGGGUGCCAUCGAUUGUGCUCUUCAUGCUGCCGUUGGCAAGCAGAUGGAACAUGUACGUCAAGCUGUGUGGGGAUUAUGAAAACGACUUGAUGAGUCGGUAUCGCCUCAAAUACUGCAUUAUUAAUGUAUGAGUCCUGUUAUUCUCUGUACGCCCUUGAACCCGCCUGUUUCAGCGCAAAAACGAGCCGUAAAGAACAUUUACAUUUACAGUCAUUAUUAUUUACUCGUCUCAGCUCGUGCUGACGGUCACCGAAUUCCUACAUUUACAGAUACUUGUCUAGAUCCUUUAUUUUCCUCUUUCCUCACUGCUCCCAGAGUUUGGGAUUAAACAUUUUGAUCAAAUUUAUGAUGACCCUUGUUUGCAGGCAAGAUAUUUAUUAAGCUUUUGGAAGUUUUUGUAGUAGAUGCUUUUUUUGUUAUAGUUAUUUUUUGUCUCUUUUUUUUAAGAUUAAGACGCUAAGUCUGGUUUUCUAAGCAGGCUGAAUUCCGCAUCCCUGCAGGCCGACACAUCGUGGCAUGUUCAGCUUUUAUCCUCAAUUUCCUGAUGUGUACAUGAUCUGUAGGGUUUGUUUUUCAUGACCAUGCCAAAACAAUGUUAUGCGGGCUGGUGGUGAACAAAGGACUGUUCUUGGGACUGAAACUUGAUUGCGCUUAUAUUAAAAAAGAAAAGGGGGAGCAGAUUUAAAACUCACAAAAAACAUUGUUUCUUAAGUGUUAUAAGCACUGGAUUUAAAUGGUAUUUUUUUUUUAAAUCAAUUCUGACUAAUGUGAAGCUGUUGUACGAAAAAAAGAAACGCUACACAAACUAAAGGACACCAGUUUGGACUCGUGUGGGCACGUCUCACAGUUGCCAGAUUUGAGUCGUAUUUCUGUCUGGUUUUUUCAUUUAUUUAUGCAAAAAAAAACACGUGUACUGAACGGACACUUUGUUUUAGCUCCAGUUCUGCCUAAGGAAGAAUGUUUGGUGGACUUGGCCUGAGGCUCCUGUACUGGCUGGUCAGCUGACGUAUGCCAGACCCCCUGAAGCUGGUACUAUUGGUCACAUGUUUGUGUUGUAUAUUGUAUUUGAAUCUAUAUAGUGCAUAUAGACGUUUUAUUGUAUUUAUUAGCCAGUGUCGGCUCUAAAAGUGUCAGUACAACAUAAUAAAAGGACAAUCAGAAAAUAAACGAAUAAAAGCAUUGAGAUUUAACUCUGGUUUUGGAGCUCAAAACAAAGUUUCUUGUAUUUUUUUUCUUACAUUCACCAUCUCAUUAUAGAAUUGAAAUUGUAAAUAUAACAUAGGAAAAAUAGAAAUCUAUUUUUGUUCAUGAAUACUUAGUGAAGUAUGCAUUGUGUAUUUGACUGUUUAAUUUUUCUUUUUGGUUUUUGUUACAUCGGUGUGGGUCGGUCCAUGUUAUAUAAAAAAAAAAGUAAACCUGACAAGUCACUGUACCUCAUGAUGCUGAAUUUGCAACCAAGAUGAAAGAGAGCAGUAUUGUACUUGCUCUUCAGAUGGCCUGGCACCUUGCUUGUUUGUGUUUCAAAUGUGUUUCUUGGCUGUCCAGAGAAAGAGCUGAACCCACCCUCCCCAAUGUAAAAGCUUUGGAUGCUGUUCUCAAAACACACAGACGUGAUACCAGACUCUCACGUGACCUGGUUUGAUACAACACCAAGCAGGCAAAUGGUAAUUGCCUUUUUUUUUAACAAAGAUAGUGUUUAAAGAUCUUAACAUUGGCUGCUGUACCAGACACGCAUUUAGCCCAUUGUUGUUAAUUAAAGCCUGUGUUUGCAAUUAACAAAAAAAAUAAUUGUGGUCAGUUAUGUUUCAAGUAGCAAUUUUAAGGUCCUCAGCAGUCCUUCAAAUAUGUGCCAAAUUUGGACAGGAAAAUGAUACAGAUAGAGAUUGACGUGCAUUUCAUCUGUGGCUGUUUAGUGAAAAAAAAAAAGAUUCAGCACCAGGCAUUGAUUCAGAACCAGGUAUUUUCUUGAUACACAUCUACUCAAUGACAAGUGAAGUUUUUGGUGACCUUAGAUUAUAGGGGAUGUGCAAAUAUUUAUUAGUCUGUAUACUGCGAAUCGCAGAGCCACCGGUGUGCAUUUUCUGUCAUUUUUUUUGUUUUGUAUUUUGUUUUUUUUAUGAAAACUGACGUAUUUAUAAUUUCGCCCAUCACACCUUGUGGCAGCCUUUGUCCACUUCGCGUUCCAGUUCAUCCAUUGUUGUCUUUGCCAUGUAAAACCGAAAUAGAUGAUAUCACUGACGUAACUUACUGUAAUUUUUUAUUUUUUUUUUGACGUUGGACCUUGUGAUGUAUAUUAUGA